GCUGAUGCGCUAGGAUAUGUGACUCGGUCGUUUUUCUUCCUACGACCGCCACCCUCCAAACCGCUAGAACACUCAGCCUCCUCCACGGGCUUCAUGGGCGGCGUUCGAAAGCCUACCGUGCUGAUCUUGGGCGCUGGACGUAAUAUUGGUAUCAUUGCCGUCAAAGAGUUUCUUGAUAGAGGCUGGAAUGUCGUGGUGGGCAACCGAAGUCCACGUUGGCUAGAGGCCGAGGAAUUAGGGUAUCGGACGUUUUUCAUAGAGCUGACGAGCUCCGGAUCUGUGAUGGGCACGCUUGAUAAUGCGUUUUUCGCCAAGGAUUUGCCUAAUGUGAUUAUUUAUAAUGGUGUUGUUGAACAGGAAAUUGAAGCACCGACGAAGUACGGAGAUCCGCUCUCCAUUUCUUUGUCCAACAUGCAAAUAUGCCAGGAGAUAGGUUUCUAUUCCAUGUUUGAAACAGCUCGUUGGGCAAUGAAAAGCUUCGCCAAAAUCCCCGAUCAAAAGCGGGUUUUCAUGGCCACGGGUCAUGCUGAUUCUAUCUCCAAAGCGAGGACAGAAGAACUCGGAGUCGCACUUGCCAAAGUCCAACAACGUUAUUUUAUGGACUAUUUGAGCCAAGUGUUCAAAGAUACGGGAGUCCAAUUCUACUUUCCAUCCCAGGUUUUAUCAAGAACACAAAUGGUCUUUCCGGGUUACAAACUAUCCGGAGCCGGCCAUGCAAUCGCUUUUUACAAACUGGCGAAUUUCACCACUCAGGGACCUUGGGAUAUUCGCUUCCUGAAAGAUGGGACAUUCCUAGAAGGUUACGAUAUAUAUAUCACGGAUUGCAGGCAAAGGCCUUCCGAUCAAACCGGGCAAAGAUUAGUAAUGCAACAAGGCUGAACCACUGGUUCCGAAGUCUUUGAAUAUGAAGGCAUACGCGGGAAUAAGAGAUCAACAGAGGGGGAAACAGAAUGUGUUUUCAGCAAUUCCGUUCUC